AACCGGUUUUUAAACUCGUUGGUUAAACGAACCAGAAACAAGAUCUGAGAGACUGAGAGACUAGAGAGCGAUCUCGACGAAAUACACAAAUCGGAAGCAAAAAAAGUUCCAAAAAAAAAACUCGAUGAAGAAGAAGAUGAAUCGAAGCUUUCCGACAACGCUCAUACUCUCAGCUCUUAUUAUCUUCCUAUCACCGAUCUGUGAAGCCGUGUGGCUUACCAUACCUCACACCGGAUCAAAAUGCGUCUCCGAAGAGAUACAAAGCAACAUCGUCGUUUUAGCUGAUUACCUCGUUAUCUCCGAUGAACAUUCAAUCUUCCCUACUGUCUCCAUUAAGGUUACAGCACCUUAUGGCAGCGUUUUGCACCACAAGGAAAACACAACGAAUGGUCAGUUUGCGUUUACAACCCAAGAAUCAGGAACCUACUUGGCGUGUUUUGAGGCCGAUGGCAAUAGUCAUGGUAACAAAGAUUUUAGCAUCAACCUUGACUGGAAAACCGGAAUCGCAGCCAAAGACUGGGACUCCAUUGCUAGAAAAGAGAAGAUUGAGGGUGUGGAGCUGGAGCUUAAGAAACUUGAAGGUGCAGUUGAGGCCAUCCAUGAAAAUCUAAUUUACCUCCGAAACAAAGAAGCAGAAAUGAGGAUUGUGAGCGAAAAAACAAACUCGAGAGUAGCAUGGUAUAGUAUAAUGUCGCUGGGGAUUUGCAUUGUGGUCUCUGGUUUACAGAUAUUGUUCUUGAAGCAAUACUUUGAAAAGAAGAAGCUUAUUUAGAUCAUGGAUUAGUUUCUUGUUGAAGGAUAUUACUACUAGAACCAAACACUUCCCUCUGCUUUCUUUCUCUUACUCUCUUUGGAACUGUUAGUGUAAAAGUUUUGUUCAUUUAUUUAACUUGUAAUUUGUCUCUUUCUACGUAGACUUUAUUAAGUAGACUCUAA